AUGUUUACGCACAGACAAAGGCGCAAAGUGAAAUUUCAGAUGUGGUCUACGAUUAUGCAGUUAGCUGUAACCAAACGGCGAAAAGUCAGUUGGCUAGGUGUCCCCUUUUUUCUUCCUCACGUGCCCUACUUAUGGACCCCAACAUGCUUUUCAUCGUCAUAUUCCGGUUAUCAAGCGCUCGGCCGCCCGUUGCCCUCACGGGGAUCAAAACGCGGCAAAACGAAGUGA